AUGGCUGGCACAUCUAACACAGCUGGUAUCCCUGCACCUUUAGCUGAAGGACACUCUAUCACUAGACCACCUUUGUUUAAUGGUUCUAAUUAUUCUUUCUGGAAAGUUAGGAUGAGAAACUUUAUUCAAUCUAUUAAUAUUGAAGCUUGGCAAAGAAUUGUUAAAGGUUCUGAAAUUCCAUUAGAAUUGCAUUCUCACGGUUAUAGAGAAAAACUAGAAGAUGAAUAUAAUGAACUUAAUUGGAAGAAAGUUUCUUCAAAUGCUAAAGCUUUAAACAUUCUUCAUUGUGCACUUGAUGCAACUGAGUAUAAUCGUAUUUCCGAUUGGACUAAUCAAGUGAAGGAAUCAAAAGCCAAUAGGCUUGUUCGAGAAUAUGAACUAUUUGAGAUGAAACCUGAAGAAACCAUUUCAGAAAUGAGCACAAGAUUUACUGAUCUGGUGAAUGUUCUCAAAGCUCUUGAAAAAGAAUUCACUGAAGAAGAGUUAGGCAAGAAAGUCUUGAGGUCACUACCUAAAUCAUGGGAAAUAAAAGUGACAGUGAUCUUUGACACCAAAGACUUCUUGAAAUUCACUUAUGAUGAGCUGAUUGGUUCUCUUAUUGCUCAUAAAAUGUUUUAUAACAAGAGCAAGAGCAAUGUAAAUGAUGAAAAGAAAAAGAGAGAAAUUGCCUUGAAGUUAAGCCAAGAGGAUGAAUUAAGGAAAAGUAUAGCUUUUAAGGCUGCCUCAAGUGACAGUUCCAAUAGUUCAAGUGAUGAAGAUGAUCUUGCCAUGAUUACAAGAAGAUUCAAGAAAGCAUUCAAAAAGGGAGGUUCGAAAUAUAAGAAAUUCCUAAAGAAGUAUUCUCCCAAAGGUGAAACAAGCAAGGAUCAAAGUGAGAUUAAAUGCUUUGAAUGCAACAAACCUGGCCAUAUCAAGCCAAAUUGUCCUAAACUGAAAAAGAAGAAUUCAAAGGACAAGAGCAAGAAAGCUUUGGUUGCUGGCUGGAUGGACAGUGAUGAUUCCUCAAGUGAUAACUCUAGUGACAAGGAGGUUGCACACAUUUGUCUCAUGGCUCUAGAAGAGGAUAAACUAGAAAGCUCUCAACAAAGAGAAAUCAACACUGAGGUAAAUAAUUCUGACUCUCUUAGUAUUGAAGAUUAUGAAGAUGCAUUUGCCAAAUUGUAUGAAGAAUACAAAGUUUAUAAGAAAAAAUAUUCUGUUUUAAACAAAGAAAUUGCUUCCUUAAGAUCAGAAAAUGAUUCUGUGAGUAUUAUUGUGUAA